GGUCAUACCGCAGCGUGCAGCCCUGGUGAGCAGAGCUUAUCGCUCGCCGAUAUCAGUAGUCAGUAGUUGUGCAAACCUAUCGGUGGCUAUCGAAUCGAGUCGCAAAAAUGUGCACAACAAUUUCGUUCGCGGAACCCGAAAUCGUGCUCGGCCAUGGCCGCAGGGUGCUCUUCGUGAACCCCAACGACCUGCAGAUAUUCAAGGAGAUCGAGCUGCCGCCCGACCUUGGCCUAAAAGGCCAUGCAUCCCAGUCGCAGGAAUCGUGUCCAGCAGCCGCAUCCACAGCCACAUCCGCUGGCCAGGCACCGGUUGGCAAGGAGCAACAGCUUGCCAAGCAGCCGGAGGAGGGCGGAACCUCUGACAGCGCCACCGCCUCCGGUUUGGGAUGUGCCACUAGCACAUCAGUGCAGAAUGUGGCCUACUCGCCAGACGGACAGCUGCUGGCCGUGACCACCAGUGGGGCACAGAAGGCUCUCCUGCUCUAUCGUUCACGGCCGGAGAACGCCCGCCUGCUCUCCACCCGCCCACUGUCCCGGGCGUCCAGUGCCCUGCGCUUCUGCAGCGACAGCAGCUCCGUUCUGGUCACGGACAAGACUGGCGAUUGCUAUCAGUACGACUGCGUUGAGGUGGAGGCUCCGCCGCGUCUGCUGUUGGGCCACUUGAGCGUGGUGUACGACAUCCUGUGGUCGGAGGACCAGCAGCACAUCAUCACCUGCGAUCGGGAUGAUAAGAUACGCGUGACCAACUAUCCCGCCACCUUUGACAUCCACAGCUAUUGCCUGGGCCACAGGGAGUUCGUCUCGGGCCUGGCACUGCUCACGGAGCAGCACAUCGCCUCCGCUUCGGGGGACAAGACGCUGCGCGUGUGGAACUACAUCCAGGGCAAAGAGCUGCUGCAGCACGAGCUACCGGCACCGGCGGUUCGUUUAUUGGUGCGCCAGCUGGAGCCGGAGAAAGUCUUCCAGGCGGCGGUGCUCUUCUACGAGCACGUGGACGCCCUGGGAUUGUAUCGCCUGGAGCGCAGCUCCGAUGACACCUGGAGCGUGACGGCCACACAACUGGUGUGCGCCGAGGCGGGCUCGUGGAGCAUUAGCAACUUUACUUUAACCAGCGACCGGAUCUACAUCACCGGCGCAGAGAACGAACGCUUAAGCCUGCGCGUCUACGACAUCGCAACUGGCCAGCCGGCGAGCAGCGGCGUGCCCGAGGGCUGGCUGAAGAUGGUGCUAGACGGACUGGGCGCCAACGAGGAGGGCGCACCGCCAUUCAUUCCCGAGGACUUGUCCGUUUGGUUUAAGAAGCGCUUCGACAACGUCAGCGACUAUUUGGAGCGCAAGAAGCGGCGCAUCGAGGAGCAGCAGCAGCAGAAGUGCGGCUAAUCCCCGGGCGCCCACGAACCCAAAGGAAAUUACAUGAACCUAAUCUUUACAUAGCAUUUAAUUAGCAUAUGGAGAAGAAGCAACGGACUUUGUGUGACAGGCCCGUUGUGGGCAUAAUAUAUAUAUAUCUGUAUAUGUGUGUAAA